AAUAACCGCCCGCAGCGCUGAGUCCGAAGAUGUGAUCAACCUAGCCAGCGCCAUGCCUCGCUUGACAGCCAUGUCCAUAGUUUCAAGUCCAGCUGAGGACCAUGCAGCACGGAAUUCGACUUGGUAAGCUAUCAAUACCCCCCUGAAGUAUGCGCGAGAUCUAAAUAUUUACUAUCAUUGUCAGGAAAUCCACCAUCAUCGUGGCCGCCUCUUUUGUCAUUAUCUUCACCUGCUGUGGUCUCAAUUUCGCGUGGGGUGUUUAUCAAGCCCUGUAUGAGAGCCUGGCACGAAAGCCCGGAACACCUUUUACGGGUGCAUCGCCGGCAGAGAUUGAUCUGAUUGGUACCAUCUCGGUGUCCCUGAUGACCAUUGGAGGCCCUUUCGCGGUCGCUUGGGCGAAGCGGUUCUCACCUCGCAUGGUCUCCUUUGCGGGCGGUUUUGUCUUCGGGCUUUCUCUCAUCCUGGCUAGCUUCGGCACGAAAUUGUGGCAUUUCGAGCUGACACAAGGGCUGCUGAACGGCAUUGGUACCUGCUUGUGCUACAUGAUACCAGUUACCAUUGCCCCCACGUGGUUUACCCAUCACAGAGGCCUAGCUAUGGGCAUCAUCUUAUCAGGCACUGGUGUGGGUGGUCUGGUAUGGGCGCCCGCAUUGACUGCGUGUGUUAACGCCCUCGGAUUUCGCAACACCCUGCGUUCGACGGGUGGUCUGUCGUUCGCGCUGGUCGCGGUCGCUAGCGGUGCAAUGGCCUGGGAGCCAGCCAGCCAGCGUCGUAUCGCAAUUGAGAAUGCCUCGAGAACCAGUCGUGUGGAUGGUAUUCUGAACGUGCCACUGGUGGACUGGCGCGUUGCCCGGACGCGUCGUUUUAUGGCCCAGGCCUUGGGCGCCGUCUUCCAGGCGGCUGCAUAUUACACCCCGGUCUUCUUCUAUGCCUCGUACGCCCAGUCCCUUGGAUACAGUACCACAGCCAGCUCCAACUUCAUUGCUCUUAGCAAUGCUUGUAACGCAGUGGGCAAGAUUGUCAUUGGCCAUGUGGCCGAUCGACUGGGUCGAUUAAAUGCUCUUCUGCUCACCACUUGCCUCAGUGCCAUCGCUACCGUUGCCUUCUGGUUACCAUCCACUUUGACCGGUCAGACGACGCAGUCGCAGGGUCUAUUUAUCACGUUCACUAUUCUGUAUGGCACCUUCGCCAGUGCGUAUGUGUCUCUUUUCCCAACUAGUCUUGUCGAGCUUUUCGGUGUACAGAACUUUGCCUCCGUCAACGGUGUUUUGUACAUGGUUCGUGGCAUGGCUACCAUGGUCGGUACCCCGGUUGGUGGUGUCCUGGUCAGAAGUGCGGCCAAUGCCCUCACCCCGAAGGCGUACGAGAACAUGUCAGUGCUGGUCAGUGCCCUUCUGUUUGCUGCCACGGCUGCAAUAGUCUGGGUGCGCUUGGAGGCAAUGAUUGGGCCCGAUGGAUAUCUCCUCUGGAAAUGGCGACAGUAGGUAGCAGCUGUAGUCUGUGUGUAUCUUUCGGGUUCCUAGAAACCAUAAGGCCACCCCGGAGUUGCGAUAGCGCUCGGGGGUAAUCCAAACGAUAUGUAUUCGGACCCACGAUGUAUCUUAAGAACCAUCUCAACUCCAAGUAACAUGAUGUUUUCC